AUGCACCCGGCGCAGCCGCCUUUCGCCAUGCCGCAGCACGCGCUGCAGUACUACCACGCCGUCCCGAUGCCGCCGCCGCCGGCCGGCAUCCCGGUCCGCAGGGUCUGGGAGGACAACCUUGAGCCCGAGCUGGUCUUCCUCCGCAACUUCGCGGCGAGCGCCCGCUACGCCGCGGUGACCGUCCACUACCCCGGCGUCGUCCACGGCGCCCAGCAGAGCCACGGCCUGAUGACGGCGGAGGCGCGGUACGCCACGAUGAAGGCCAACGCCGACGCCCUCAAGCCCAUCCAGCUCGGCCUCGCCGUCUACAACGACUUCGGCCACGUCGCCGCCUGGGAGUUCAACCUCCGCGGCUUCCGCCCGGCCGCGGACCCGCACGCGCCCAACUCCGUCGACUACCUCCAGCGCCGCGGCCUCAGCUUCCGGGACCACCAGGCGCGCGGCGUCGCCGCGGCGAGGCUCGCCGCGGGGCUCAGCGCCUGCGGCCUGUUCCGCCGCCCCGGGGUGUCGUGGGCCACCUACGCCGGCGCGUACCACGUCGCCUACCUCCUCAAGAUCCUUUCCAUGGGCGGCGGCGGCGUGCUGCUCCCCGACAGCCUGGGCGGGUUCCUCGACGCGGUGAGGCAGUGCCUCGGCGAGGACGUCUACGACGUGGCGCGGAUGGCCGCCGACCGCGGCCUGCCGCCCGGGCUGGAGCGCGUCGCGGCCGCGCUCAGCUUGGUCCCGGCGGUCCUGAGCCCCCGGCUCGCCGGCGCUGGCAGCGUGCUCGCGCUGCAAGCGUUCAUGAGGCUCAAGUACUAUGAGUUCGGUGGCGAGGUGAACAGCCUGCAGGCCGCUGGAAAUCUACUACUACUACUUAAAAAGAACGAAGUUGAGUCUGCUGUCUCCCGUGGGUCUGCCUCCACCCUCCGGCCCUCCCCGCGCGUCGCUCCCCCGUGCAGAUCAGUUUUUCAACUCGAGCCGCUCCCUCCACACCACCACGACCCCAACCACCACACCCGACGGUUCCCCGCCGCCGCCCCCGCGCCCCAGCCUCCUCCUCCUUCCCCGCGGAUCCCUCAAGCGCACGCACGGUGCCCGCGCCCGCCGCCCUCCACGACGCGUGCUCGUCGGCCCCUUCCUCUGCGGCCGGGGCGCCCCUCCUCUCCUUGCCUGGUGCCCUCCUCUCUUUGCUUGGUGCCGGCCGCAACCGCGUCCCCCUUGCAUCACCCUCCCCCAACCGACGCUGGCUCGUUGCGCCUCCCUCCCCCACCUAACGCACGGAUCCCUCGCGCCUCCCUCCCGCCACCCGACGCGGGCGCCCGCGCAAGGCCCCACGGCCCGCCGGCUUCGAGACCGCGGCGCCUCCAAGCUCCUCCACCACCCAACGCCGGCUCGUCGCGCCUCCCUCCCCCACCCGACGCACGGACCCCACGCGCCUCCCUCCCGCCACCCGACGCGGGCACUGGCGCAAGGCCCCACGGCCCGCCGGCUCCGAGACCGCGGCGCCACCAAGCUCCUCCACCACCCGGCUUGAAGAGGUUUGGAUCGCCGUGCUCGGCGGCUUCCAGCUCGCGCUCGCCGGCAAGGACCUCUGCAACGGCAUCGGGGAGGCCAAGGUCGAGAUCACGACACUGUGAAAUUGGCUCCAGAGCAGCAACGUUUUGGUUCCGUUCUUCUGUCAGCUGCAACCUAAGCUCCUUGAUUAACUGCUUGGCAGCGGCAUCCACUCAUCUGGAGUGGCGCAGCGAGUCUAUAUGCCCAUCCGCUUCCUCCAAUGAGUAUAAUUGCGGCUCAGUAUCUACAUGCAAGAUGUAGUCUGCUACAUCACUUUUAUUUUGUUGUAGGGAUUCAUCUCAACUUUUUACAUAAGUAGUUCUGUCAGGUAGCUAAAUUGAUAACUGAAUGGCUACAAUUAGAUUUUGUUUGGUCUCCUGGUUCUAUCAGAAAGAAUGCAAAUAAUUUCCAUUCUGCUUCAAAAUAGUAAUACAGAAAAUUAUUUUUUCAUAAGCUUUUUUCGUUUGCGAAGCCUUUUUUGCAAAUGCUUAUUUCAUCUUGUGAUUUCAAAAUAUGUUUUUUCAUGCUCCUAUUAUUGCACUAAAUAAAUUCGGAUCCCGUAGCAACACAUGGGCAUGAUGGAGGCCAUAUUGAUUCUGAUCUUUUAGUUGUUUCCUGCAGGAUUUUAACUAUUCUGCUUCUUGUACCCUGGGAAAAAAAUUUGGUGGAGACGGUAUGCAAACCUGCUCCUUUGCAACCCUGGUUCAGAUGCAUGCCACCUGUCCACCUAGACCAUCAGAGAUCAGACACAGGGCCCUACUCCUUGAUCUGCUUGGCUCCUCCAAUCCAAGCUCCAAGCACAGGUUGAUUUAGGUGCCCAGCAGGCUAGCAGGCUUGGCUCAGCUCCCUGCAGGAGCCUCUCUCGUGUAGGGCCACCGCCGCCGCAGGUUAUCUCGUAUUCUCAUCUCCCCCGCCGUGGUGUUUCACUUCAUUCACCUAGGACUAGGAUGAUAUCCCAUGCUUGGAUCCAUUUCUACACCGCCACAUCCACCUGUGUGAUCCGCCGCCGCCACUGUGUUCCGCUCUGCAGAUCUCGUAUGCCUCCGCCUCUGUAUGAUUAUUGCCGUUGGUGAGUGAAGAUACGAUUUAUUACUGGUAAUAUGUUCCCUUUUGGAUGCAGUUUCAAUUGAUUCCCUAGCUUGUGGAAGGUUAACUGCAGAAUAAAGCACCAUGUUAAUGUCGCUGUGUCGCACAAAGACCAAAUAUUAAGUCGGAUCUGUUGGCUU